CCGGGCAAUCCAGGUGCUACUGGUCAGCCGGGUCCACAGGGACCUCCGGGAGCAGUAGGUUUUGCUGGUUUACCAGGACAACAAGGUUUACAAGGUCCUUCUGGCUUACAAGGAGAUCCCGGUGCUUCUGGUGAUACUGGACCAAUAGGCAAUCAAGGAGCCCUUGGGCCUCAAGGUGCUACUGGAUUUCCUGGUUUACCUGGCUCCUUCGGCUCGUCUGGAAUACAAGGUCAAAGUGGAAUACCUGGAUUAACUGGAUUUUCCGGGUCUACUGGUGCUCAAGGUCAGCCGGGUCAGCAAGGCUUUCCAGGAAUUGAUGGAGCUUCUGGAAGUCAAGGUCCCGUUGGCGACACAGGACUUCCUGGACCUGUUGGCGUUAUUGGUCAACCAGGCCAGCCUGGUGCACAAGGACUUAAAGGUCAGACAGGUUCUAAUGGCCAAUCUGGAUUAGCUGGGCUACCAGGUGACCCUGGAGCUCCAGGAUUACCCGGAAAUCCUGGACAACAAGGUAGAUGUUUUUUCAUCUUACUAAUUAAUGAAACAUGCAUGUUAAUGUAUUUUAUUUGA